AUGAUGUUUACCAACAUUCUAAUCUACUUAGGAGGAUUAGCUUUGACAAUCUCGUUCGAUGAUCUAUCCUACCAUAAAUAUGCCACCCAAUCACAUACCUACACUGGCUCGAGUAGCAUGUAUUCUGCACGCAAUGCAGUUGAUAGAAACCCAAGUACGUGUAUGAGGACAAAUAAUGUAGGACCCAAUUCUCCGGACAAGACUGUAUGGUGGAAAGUGGAUCUUGGUGAAAUGUUCGGAAUUUACAGUGUUACCAUUUUGUUUAGGACCUACCGUUACGACAAUCUAGAGUUUCGACAACGAGGUCGUUUUGCGGGAUUCUCUAUAUAUGUAUCAAGCAAUGGUGAUAUACAAGGUUCUACGCUGUGUUACAAAGACGGACCACAGUUACCGCCCCUGAACUUUACAACAACCUGCAUAGAAUACGGACGAUAUUUAAUCUUUUACAAUGAAAGGCUUGAUGGAGUAAUCUAUCCGGAAGGUUAUGAACUAACCAAUGAUUUCACUGAACUGUGUGAAGUUAUCGUAAAAGGCUGUCGAAAACCUGGUGUGUAUGGCAGUGACUGUAACAUACCAUGCCCCAUCAACUGUAAGGACAACAUGUGUCACAUACAACUUGGACACUGUUUUACAUGUAAACCUGGAUGGACUGGAGAGUCUUGUAUCACAAAAUGUGUUGAGGGGUGGUACGGUAUCAACUGUAGCAAGCAAUGUGGAGGACAUUGUAGAGAUAACAUAGUUUGUCAUCACGUGACUGGUCAGUGUGACAAAGGCUGUGAUGCCGGAUGGACAGGUUAUUUUUGUAACAAAGAGUGUGAAAUCGGGACCUAUGGUUUUGACUGUGUUAACAACUGUAGUGGGCAUUGUUUGAAUGACUCUCCUUGUAACAAAUAUACCGGUAAAUGUGAAAGUGGAUGUAAGGCGGGAUACAUAAACAGUGACUGUGGUACAAGGUGUCCUUCUGGAUAUUUUGGAAUGGAUUGCAAAGAGCGAUGUAUUGGAUUUUGCACAGACAACCAAUCUUGUGACCACGUCGGUGGACUGUGUCUAAAUGGGUGUCACAAUGGAUAUAUUGGAAAAUACUGUAACAUUUCUUGUCAAGAGGGAAAUUAUGGCAAAGAUUGCUCUAUGAUUUGCAAUCCAAACUGCAAGACGUGCCGGAACACCGACGGAGUUUGCACUUGUGAAGCAGGUUGGAUAGGCCCCAACUGCUCUUUAGAAUGUGUUUGGUCCUAUGGUGGAGACUGUCAAUAUCCGUGCAGUAGACACUGUAUAAACCAAACAUGUGACAGAUUCAAUGGAAGCUGUUUGCUUGGUUACAGUAAUGAAUACAUGUACUGUGAAUCAGGUUUUCAAGAGAAUGUGCCGACUCUAACUAUAUCGAUUGCUGGGUUUUCACUAUCAGUAGUUAUCAACAUUAUUGUCUUCAGUGCAAUCAUUCUUCGGAAAAGUUACAAGAAAAGGUCAAUAAAAGGGAAGAAUAUGCUAGCUUGUUUGAGAUUCACUUCUAAUACCAAACAGACUAACACUGAAGAUGGCGGCUCUCAUUACCAAGAGCUCAAGGAAAGAAAGAAUGAAAACAAUUAUCAGAAUUUAACUCUACAAUGA